AUGGUGAAUAUUGUCGCAUUUGGAGAAGGAAGAUGCUCUGAUACUUCAUAUUGGAUGAAAUGGCACUGGCUUCCGAUGUGGAGAAUGUUGGGCUCGACAGGAAGAAUUAAAUUUGAAUAUCAUCCAUAUGGUAUCAAGACGACGUGCGUGGAUUCAGAUGAUGGUGAUGAUGUUAGUUGUGAGUGUCAUCACGGAGAACGAGAAUGUCUAUUGAAUCAAUUGCAAGCUUGUGUAAUCGAAGCCCUCCCGAACUUUGAAGAGUACAUGGAAUUUGUGACGUGUAUUCAAGGGAAACCGAAUAUAACGGUGGCGGCUGAGACUUGUUUCGAAGGUCCGACGAAAUUGGAAAGAGCGAAAAUGUUGGAAUGUGCUGAUAGUCGACACGGUAGGAAACUGUUCAGUGAUCAUGAGAAAUAUGUCGCUGAAAUGGCUCCGGAAAUGCAUUGGGUUCCUUGGAUAUUAAUCAACGGAAAACGAUACAAGGAAGCAGAAGAAGAUUUAUGGCAGUUCCUUUGUGAUCGCUUCAUCGAUCCUCGUCCAAUCCAUUGCCCAAAAAAGAUAAUAUACUAA